AUGCUGGGCAAGGGCGUCGGCGGCGGGGGCGGCGGCUCCCGGGCGCCCAAGCCCUCCUUCGUGUCGUACGUGCGCCCCGAGGAAAUUCACACAAACGAAAAGGAAACAGCAGAGAAGGAAGUCACGCUUCACUUGUUGCCAGGGGAGCAGCUGCUCUGCGAGGCCAGCACGGUGCUCAAGUGCGUCCAGGAGGGCUCCUGCCAGCGGGGCGUCUGCGGGAAGCUGGUCUGCACGGACUUCAAGAUCGCCUUCCUGGGCGACGACGAGCCUGCGCUGGAGAGCGAUGAAACCCAGUUUAAGAAUAAGGUCGUAGGAGAAAAUGACAUCACUCUGCACUGUGUGGAUCAGAUUUAUGGAGUGUUUGAUGAGAAAAAGAAAACCCUCUUUGGACAACUGAAGAAAUACCCCGAGAAGCUCAUCAUCCACUGCAAAGACCUGCGGGUAUUCCACUUCUGUCUGAGGUACACAAAGGAAGAGGAAGCCAAAAGGAUUGUCAGUGGCAUCAUCCAUCACACCCAGUCUCCUAAGCGGCUGAAGCGAUUGUUCCUCUUCUCCUAUGCAGCCGCUGCGCACAACAACACACCCGCCAGUCCCCAGAAGCACACCGUGAUGUUUGACACGCUGGAGGACUGGCGUGGGGAGCUGGAGCGGACCAGAGGCAACAUGAAGUACAAAGCAGUGAGCGUCAACGAAGGCUACAGAGUCUGCGAGAGGCUGCCCGCCUACUUCGUCGUCCCCGCGCCGCUGCCCGAAGACAGUGUGUCGCGCUUCCAGGGCCACGGCGUCCCGAUCUGGUGCUGGUCCUACCACAAUGGGUGCGCCCUUCUGAAAAUGUCCGCGCUGCCCAAGGAGCAGGACGAGGCCGUUCUGCAGACCCACAGGAGCUUCCUGGACGGAGUUUACAGGGUCAUCCACAGGCCACCCUAUGAGAUGGUCAGAACUGAAGACCUGUCAAGCAACUUCCUGUCCCUGCCGGACAUCCAGACCGCGUACUCCAAGUUCAAGCAGCUGUUUCUGAUAGAUAACAGCGCCGAGUUCUGGGACACGGACAUCAAGUGGUUUUCCUUGUUGGAAAGCAGCAGCUGGCUCGACAUAAUCAGACGCUGCCUGAAGAAGGCGAUCGAGGUCGCAGAGUGCCUGGACGUGCAGAGCACCAAUGUCCUCCUUGUAGAGGAGAACGCUUCCGACCUCUGCUGCCUCGUCUCCUCGCUGGUGCAGGUGAUGAUGGACCCGCACUGCAGGACCAGGGCCGGCUUCCAGAGCCUCGUGCAGAAGGAGUGGGUCGCCGGCGGCCACUGCUUCCUGGAUCGCUGCAACCACCUGCGGCAGAGCGACAAGGAGGAGGUCCCCGUGUUCCUGCUCUUCCUGGACUGCGUCUGGCAGCUGGUGCGCCAGCACCCCCCGGCGUUCGAGUUCACGGAGACGUACCUGACCGUCCUGUCCGACAGCCUGUACAUCCCCAUCUUCAGCACCUUCUUCUUCAACUCGCCCCACCAGAAGGAGACCAGCAUGGGCAGGGAAGACCUGUAUGUGCCCAGUGCGCCUCUGCACCUGCUCACCGUGUGGGACUGGUCCGUACAGUUUGAACCCGAAGCCCAGACCUUGCUCCAGAACCCUCUGUACGUGGAAAAGCCCAAACUGGACAAAAGCCAGCGGAAAGGCACGCAUCUCAAACACCAGCGACAGCUUUCUCUGCCGCUCACCCAGUCCAAGUCAUCGCCCAAAAGAGGGUUUUUCAGGGAAGAAACGGACCAUUUAAUUAAAAACCUUCUGGGCAAGAGAAUCAGCAAACUGAUCAACUACUCGGAUGAGCUGCAGGACAACUUCCGAGAGUUCUACGACAGCUGGCACAGCAGGGCCCCCGACUACCACGGCCUGCUGCUGCCGCACGUCGAGGGCCCCGAGGUGCGCGUCUGGGCGCAGCGCUACCUGCGCUGGAUCCCCGAGGCCCAGAUCCCGGGCGGGGGCGCGGGCGCCCUGGCCAGCAGCCUCCUGGGGGUGAUGGAGGAGGUGCGGCGCCUGCAGGAGAGGCUGGGCGAGCGGCCCCAGCAGCUGCCGGGGGCGGGGGCGGAGGUGGAGGUGGAGGCAGGGGCGGGGCCGCCGGGCCUGCCGCGGAGCGCCCGCCUGUCCUCGCUGUUCCCCUUCGCCCUGCUGCAGCGGCCCUCCGCCAAGCCCCUGCUGCCCACCAGCGGCUGGAAGGCCCUGGGCGGCGAGGAUGACCUGGCCACACGCGAGGACGAGUUUGUGGACCUGGGGGAGGUGUGA